AUGGACGGUGGGCCCGAGGAUGGGAGCGUUAUUCCUAGUUUCGGGGCCCAUGUUGCUCGGUAUAUUUGGGAUGGGGAAGAUCGACAGUUUUUGCGGUGUCAUACUAGAGCUGGUGUGUGUAGAGACUUGACUGACUGGCUAGAGCGAUUUACGACUGCCACUACUACGCGGAUACGACAGACUGGGUUGUCGCACCUGCCUAGCAUUAUGCACGACCACCUUGAUUUUCCGCUGAUUUCUGCUUUUGUUAAGAGAUGGCAGCCAGACACGAACACAUUCCACCUACCUUUUGGUGAGAUGACCAUCAUGUUGCACGAUGUACACCACAUACUUGGUAUUCGGGUUGAUGGGGAUAUGGUUAUCGGUGAUCUCCCUAUUGACCAGUAUAGGACAUUGGUAGGUGGGUUGUUACAGUUGACUCUGGAGGAGCUACAGGUCAAGACUCAGAAUGCCAUCUACAAGAACGGUGGCGUCCAUACUGACCAGAUUAUUGCUAGGUGUCGUAGUGAGGAGCAGCCGGAGGCGGUUCAGGCCAUUGGUUACAUGUGGGUCCUUUUGGGUAACACGCUCUUUACUGACAAGAGCGGUACCCGUACUCACCCUUCUUUUCACAGUGAGUUGUGUAUCGAGGAUAACCUGGAGAGGUUGACGAGAUACUCCUGGGGUUUAGCCACACUAGCGUACUUGUAUCGUCAGCUCGGGCAUGCCACCCGAAAUGGAUGUGAUUCUAUCGCGGGUUGUCUAACUCUUCUACAGGCUUGGAUAUACGAGUACUUUCCAUGUUUUCAGCCUCACUAG